AUGCAACUUAGGAGGAAGGUUCAGCUCAUGUGGGGCAAGGUUGGAGCUGUAGAUUUAUCUGUGAUUGGAAAUGGAUAUAUGAUCGCCACAUUUCAAGAAAGAGAGGACUACUUCUUCGCUCUAGAAGGAGGGCCAUGGAUGGUGCAGAAUCAUUACCUCACAGUCCAAAUGUGGAAGAGAAACUUCAACCCCUGGAAUGAAAAAAUCCAAAAGGUUGCCAUUUGGGUCAGACUACCAGGAUUGCCAGGGGAUUACUAUGAUAGAAAGUUCUUCUACAAUCUGGGAAAUAAAAUCGGCACUACUAUUAAAGUGGAUGAAAUGACCCUCACCAAAGCAAGAACUAUGUACGCAAGAAUGUGUGUGGAAGUUGACCUGAAUGCCCCACUUCUACCGGCUUACUCGGUGGAUGGAAACAACCUCAAAAUUGAGUAUGAGGGGUUGCAACUUAUUUGUUUUAAGUGUGGACGGUUUGGGCAUGAUGCUGAACACUGCCCGUUGAAGAUGCAACAAGGGUUGAAGGAACGUGAGAGAGAAGAGGCAGAAACCAGGCCGGAAACAGGAAAUGAUCACCGGAAAGGAAGUGUGGAAGGAGGGACGGCAAAGAAAUACGGUGAGUGGAUGGUGGCACAGGAACCGAGACGUGGGAGACGUGCGGGGAACCGAGAAGGGAGGGUUGGAGAAGCACUGAAGAAAACUGUCAGACCUGAAAGGAAGCUAGCUACAUCAUCAAGGUUUGCAGUACUAGCUGCAGGAGAAGCGGUAGAAGAGCCGAAAGAAAUGGAGGUGUCAGAAAGAAGACCUCUGAGGGAAAUCUCAACCAAUCAAGGGAAGAAAGAAGGCGGCCAAGCUAUCUCUGACAGACUGAAAAGACAGAAUGGUGGUAGAAGGGAACGUUCAAGGUCGACAGAGGGUAGGUUGAAAACUAAGACGGGAAAGGAGAAAGGGAAGGAAACCAAAAAGCAAGGUACAGAUGAGAGUUCAAGGGGAAAUAUAAAAGAGAAAGAAACAGAGGCAAGCCAGAUGGGUAUAGAAGGGAACACCGGGGGAUCCAAUAGUGUAAAGGUACAGGAGAAAAAACUGGGUCGAAAAGGGGCUUCUGAAUAUGGGCUGGCAACGACUCCAAAGACAACAAGAGAUGGUACUGUUCGUGACCCAUGCACUGACUUAACUGGACCGGAUUGUGGGCCUAAAGAGAAACAGGAUGGAAUGAUGGUUGAGGAAACAAUGAACAACUUUUUAAAUAGCCUACCCACAGAUGAGGAAGAAAUACGGACCAGUGAGGAAAAUAAACCACCAGACCUAGUGGACAAUCCAGAAUUGGAGGGCCUACCUGCUGUGGAAAGGAUGAUGGGGGAGCAAGAACAAGAGGAGUUGCUUUAUGAAAUGAUUCAAGAGGGCCAGGAAGGGCAUCCAGAGAUCAACCAGGUAACUCAAUAG